UCUCUAUCUAGCCAAACGGUGCCAAAGCCUUAAACCCUUGCCGAGCAUACAAAACCCUCGCGACAAAUUCAACUUCCUCUGGUUCGGAACAGAGAAAGGUAUGGCUUGGCGCAGUGGAUCGAUUGCGAGGUCGUUGAUCUCUACGGCAAGAACUUCCUCACUUCGGUCACCACCGCCGCUACCACGCAUCCGUCCUCCACCACUCGCUUCUUCUCGCCUCCAAACUCGGCGAAUCUCCUUCCCCACCACCAGGAAUAUGGGAGAGAUAGGAUGCAUGGAAUCCCUUAUGCCGCUGCACAGCGUCGUCGCUGCCGCCCGCCUCACCUCGCAUCUUGCUGUCAACGCGCGUGCGUGCUGUGAGCUGUCUCAGGGGUGGAGUGGAGAAGAUGUGUAAUUCGUGAGGCUGUCAUGCAUCCAAAGGCGGGGCCAAUAAUGUCGCAUCGUAGGUUAUUUUAUUUCCUGUUAUUUCAUUAACAAAAAUAUGAACAAAAUUGCUGAUUUUGUAUGGCAAAUGGGGACACAAAGGUUCUAA